GCCCUGGAGGGGAAGACCCAGCCGCCGCUCGUCGAGCUGCAGAAGACGGCCAUCAAGGACGGUGCGGCGUUCCGCAACAGCGGCGGCGGUGCUUACAACCACAACUUCUUCUGGCUGGAGAUGGCACCCACCGGCAAGGGCGGUGCACCUUCGGACAAGCUGGCAAAGGCCAUCGACGAGUCCUUUGGCUCCCUCGACGACUUCAAGGCCCAGUUCGAAGCGGCUGGUGCUCCGGGUGCCCGUUUCGGCUCCGGCUGG